AUGCAGCCCGUUGGCUGUUGCUGGCAGGUUCGCGUGCGGGUCUGCACGACCUGCGGCGAGAUCGGGGUGUUCGGAGGACAGGCCGUCCAGGAGCCCCACUCUCCCCAAAGGGUUCCGGAGCAUGAGAGCAGCGCAGAAGACGGCUGCACCAGCCCCAAAAAUACGAAAAAUGUCAGGCUCCAAUGCCGCAGUGCUGACGGUCCGGCGCCAGCAUUUCGUCGCUCUGCACCCAUCAAUUUUCUAAAGAGGUUCUUCAAGUUUCCGGAAGUGGAAAUAUGAAGUUUACUUUGACCCAAGAUGAGCCUUUGGUCGCUUGUGAAAUGGCUCGAGAAAAACGAUCGAACUGCGGUUGA